GGCCGCGGCCUGAGAUCGCGGUGGAUGCGCGCGCGGGUGCCUCGCUUGGCUCACUGUGAAGCAAGUCUGGACUAUGUAGCCUCGGGGAGCAGACCUCGGAAGGCUGGCUGGAAACCCAAGGGAAGAAGAUUCAGCAGCGGAACUGUUAUUGUUGAAAACUCUCUUGGCUUGGACUCAGUUUACCCACUGACAUUGAUGAUAAAGUGACGUUGGCUGCUGCAGAAGGAGUUCACCACCUACGACUUCCCCAGCAUGUCGGCUGAAAAUAAUCAGUUAUCAGGAGCAUCACCUCCUCACCCUCCCACAACUCCCCAAUGUUCCACACAGACCUUACCUUCAGAGAAAGAGGAUACUGAAGUAGAACUAGAUGAGGAAAGUCUACAGGAUGAAUCUCCAGUUUCUCCAGAGGGAGAGUCUGGAGAGGACAAAGAGUAUCUGGAGGAAGAAGAGGACCUGGAAGAGGAAGAGGAUCUGGUGAAGGAAGAAUACUUGAAGGAGGAAGAGCAUCUGGGGAAGGAAGAGCAUCUGGAGGAGGAAGAGUAUUUGGGGAAGGAAGGGUAUCUGGAGGAGGAAGAGUAUAUUGAGGAGGAAGAGUAUCUGGGGAAGGAAGGGUAUCUGCAGGAGGAAGAGUAUCUGGAGAAGAAAGAGCAUCUGGAGGAGGAAGAGUAUCUGGGGAAGGAAGGGUAUCUGGAGAAGGAAGGGUAUCUGGAGAAGGAAGAGUAUAUUGAGGAGGAAGAUUAUCUGGGGAAGAAAGGGUAUCUGGAUGAGGAAGAGUAUCUGGGGAAGGAAUGGUAUCUAGAAGAGGAAAAGGCUCUGGAAAAGGAAGAGAUUCUGGAGGAGGAAGAAGCUCUGGAGGAGGAAGACAAUCUGGAUGGAAAAGAAAAUCUGUAUAAAAAGUAUCUGAAAGAAGAACCCAAGGCAAGUUAUUCGUCACAAACCAUGCUUCUUCGUGAUGCAAGGAGCCCAGACGCUGGCCCCUCUCAAGCGACCAACUUCUUGACUGUCCCGUUGAUUUCCAUGACCCCUUCUGCCAUCUCUGAAUCUGCCACAGAGUCUUCUGAGUCGCUUCUGACAUUGUACAGGAGGAGCCAGGCCAGUCAAACGGACUGGCACUAUGGCGGAACUGCCGUAAAAUCUUUAAAAUCGAAAUCAGAAACAGAACAAGAAACCACCACGAAGCCUGCUCCGAAAGUCAUGGAGUUUGCUUCUAAAGAGAACUUUUGGGAUGGUAUAACAGAUGAGUCCAUUGACAAGCUGGAAGCGGAGGACUUAGAUGAACACUUUUUGAACAGCUCCUAUCAGACAGUAUUUAAAACAAUAAUCAAAGAAAUGGCUGCUCGCGAUGAACUGGAAGAGGAUUUUGACAUUCCCCUAACUAGGCUACUGGAAAGUGAAAACAGAUGGAAACUGUUAAUUAUGUUGAAGAAAAAUUACGAAAAGUUCAAGGAAACAAUCUUAUGGAUUAAGAGGAGACGUGAAGCUCAAAAGGUAACAGAGAUGACCACUUUCACAUUUCGUUUAAUGACCGAACCAACACCUGAGAAGCAUGAGACAAAAAAAGUCCAAAAGCCUCAACGUGUUGUUCGUCGUAGGAAGAAAUUAGAACGAGAUAAGGAAUGGAUACAGAAGAAGACAGUGGUGCAUCACGGUGAUGGAAAAUUAAUUCUCUACCCCAACAAGAAUGUCUAUCAAAUUCUCUUUCCUGAUGGGACAGGCCAGAUACAUUAUCCAUCAGGAAACCUGGCUAUGCUCAUCUUAUAUGUGAAAAUGAAAAAGUUCACAUACAUCAUUCUGGAAGACAGUCUAGAAGGGUGGAUCCGGGCCCUUAUCAACAACUCAGGCAAUGCUACCUUCUAUGAUGAAAAUAGUGACAUCCGGUUGAACCUGAGCUCCAACCUGGGCUACUACUUCCCCAAAGACAAACGUCAGAAGGCCUGGAACUGGUGGAAUCUGAACAUCCAUGUCCACGCACCCCCUCUCCAGCCCAUCUCCUUGAAAAUCAAUGAGUACAUCCAGGUACAAAUAAGGAGCCAGGAUAAGAUCAUCUUCUGCUUCACCUAUGAACAGAAGCGGAUUUGUUUAAACCUGGGCACCAGGUACAAGUUUGUGAUCCCGGAGGUGCUCAGUGAAAUGCAGAAGAAAAGCAUCCUGGAGGCAGAGCCCGGCCCAACAGCCUGCAAGAUCCGGGUCCUUCUGGGGAAAAUGAACAGGCUCCUGAAUUACGUGACCAUCCCUGAUCUGGAAAACUUCACAGAGGCGGUCAGUACAUCACUGAUGGACAACAAGUACCUGAGGAAGAUGUUCUCUCAGCUCCGGUUUUAGGGCGGGGCUUUUCUGGCGUCCACCAAAUGUCUUGGGAAGGUGGAGACCUUGGGAGCUCCAGCAAAAAAAAACUCCAAAGACCUA